CAUCCAAAUCAAAUCUACUCCAGCUUCCGCCGUGUCGUCGCCCUCGCUUAGUCGCUGCCACAUCUCUCGCCGUCCGUACUCCCGUGGGCCGUGGCCUCUGCUGCGCCUCCUCGUGCUCGUCCACCUCGGCCUUCUUCACCGCAGCGCCGCGCGGGGAUCCGACUGGAGAGGCAAGGCGGAGCGGGGAGGCGGUGGUUUACCGUCGGGAUGGAGUGGUGUCGGCGAUGACGGUGAGAGCGGCGGGAUGCGGACGAUCUGCGACGUGUGCGAGAGCGCGCCGGCGGUGCUCUUCUGCGCGGCCGACGAGGCCGCGCUCUGCCGGCCCUGCGACGAGAAGCAUUACUACCUUCCAAAUUUCAUUCGGCGAACUGAAGUUUAGCAGAAAAAUGAGGAGGUCAUGUCCUCUUGUUUAGGUACACAUGUGUAACAAGCUUGCCAGUCGGCAUGUGAGAGUUGGACUUGCAGACCCUAAUAAACUUGUCCGAUGUGAUAUAUGUGAAAAUUCUCCUGCUUUCUUCUACUGUGAGGUAGAUGGCACAUCACUUUGCCAGAGCUGUGAUAUGACUGUUCAUGUCGGUGGCAAACGAACCCAUGGAAGAUACCUGCUUCUAAGGCAACAGGUUGAAUUUCCAGGAGAUAAACCAGGCCAUAUGGAUGAUGUAGCCAUGCAAACCAAAGACCCUGAAAACCAGAGAGACCAGAAGAAGGCGCCUCAUUCAGUAACAAAGAAGCAAAUGGCAAACCACCAUAACGUCUCUGGUGAUCCAGCCUCUGAUGGUAAUUGCGAUGACCAGGGUAACAUUAAUUCGAAAAUGAUUGAUCUUAAUAUGCGACCAGUUCGAACUCCUGGGCAGGGCUCGAAUUCUCAGACUCAGGGGGUGGAUCUUAGUGUGAACAACCAUGACUCUACAGGAGUGGUGCCAACAAGUCAUUACGAAAGAGACGCCAACAAGUAAGCACUGGAAGAUGGGAAUGUACAUUUCUUCAACUACUGCUCUAUAGCAGCUCACGGGGAAUUUGAAUCAGCUUGGUCUUAGAGGCCGGGCAAAAGAUGUGUUAUUGCACGUGGCGCCUCUGUUCCUAGUACUAGUACUACAUUUUUUUGGCAGAGUUGAAGCUAACGACUGCAUCUCAAUUCGGCUUGUCGUGCCCAAGGCGCUAUUUAUUGUCAGGUGUAUUCUCGUUACGAUUGUCAGAACUCAUGUCACAUUGCCGUAUAAAAGCGCAGUGGCUAUCACCUGUGCGUUGGAGUGCUGUAUGUCAUUAGAAACUGUACAGAAGAUUAAUAGACUGCUCAUUUUUCUGUGGCGGGAUA